AUAAUUUAGGAAAAUAUUGCAGGAAGUGUGUGCAGCAUGAAUAUCAGCCAUGAAAACAAAAGGACUUAUGAGGAGUUUGAAAAUUAUGACACUGCUGCUGCGGAAAGAAACAAGGCUUCGUUUGGGGAGUCUUCCAGCACUUCGUCUGGAUCUGCGCUGUCAUCACUGGACCCAGGGACACAUAUAGAGAUGUCGGCUGCUGUAUCCGGUGUUGUUCCAGAUGAUACAUUCACUGUUGACCAGGCAGUUAAUGCACUAGGAUUUGGCAAAUUUCAGGUGAAGCUGUCACUUAUCACUGGUUUGUGCUGGAUGGCUGACUCCAUGGAGAUGAUGAUUCUGGCAAUUUUAGGCCCGGCACUGCACUGUGAUUGGCACCUGUCAGAGUGGAAGCAAGCAUUCCUUACCACUGCUGUCUUUAUUGGGAUGAUGCUGAGCUCAGCCUUCUGGGGUAAUCUCUCAGACAAGUAUGGGAGGAAGAAAUCUCUAAGACUAGCAGCUGUGAUGUUAGCUUACUGGGGAUUGCUCUCUGCAUUUGCCCCAACAUACAACUGGAUAGUUUUGUUGAGAGGACUAGUAGGGUUUGCCAUUGGCUGUGUUCCUCAGUCUGUAACCCUGUAUGCAGAAUUCUUGCCUGCUCAUCAGCGUGGGAAGUGUGUUGUGUUGCUUGAUUGUUUCUGGGCAGUAGGUGCAUGUGCAGAAGUCAUCUUGGCUCUGUGGGUGAUGCCAACCAUGGGCUGGACGGGACUGCUGGCUCUUUCCAUCAUCCCACUUGUUCUCUUUGCACUUGUCUGCCAGUGGUUACCAGAGAGUGCAAGAUUUGAUGCCACAUCAGGAGACUCUGAAAAAGCCUUGUCAACUCUCCAGAAAAUUGCUGAUGAAAAUGGAAAACCAAUGCUGUUGGGACGUCUCAUUGUUGAUGAUGUUGCCCAGAUGAACCGUGGACAAAUAAAGGAUUUAUUAGUACAAGAUCUAAAAUGGACAACACUUCUUUUAUGGUUUAUAUGGUAAGAUACAGUAAACCACAACAUUCUGCU